GCUGGGCACGAUGGCGGCGGCUGGGUUGCGGACGGUGUGGGUGCUGCGCGCGGCGGGGCUGAGGUUACCGCUGCGCGCCGGGCUGGUCCCGGCCGGCGCUGUCCGGAGAGGCGUCCUUGGGGCCCCUGCGCGCCCAGUGUUGAAACUUCCUCCAGGGGUGGCCUGGAGGGCAAGCAGGCAUGGCAGUUCUACCGCAGAAGCACCUGCCACAAAAGUGGAUGACGACUCCUUUCUCCAGUGGUUCCUGCUUCUCAUCCCUGUGACUGCCUUUGGUUUGGGGACAUGGCAGGUCCAGCGUCGGGAGUGGAAGUUGAAACUGAUUGCAGAGUUAGAAUCUAGGAUUAUGGCUGAGCCCAUCCCUCUGCCAGCAGACCCAAUGGAACUAAAAAAUCUGGAGUAUAGGCCAGUGAAGGUCAGGGGGCACUUUGACCACUCCAAAGAGCUGUACAUAAUGCCCCGAACCAUGGUGGACCCUGCCCGAGAGGCCCAGGAAGCGGGCCGGAUCUCCUCUUCGACUGAGAGUGGGGCCUAUGUGGUCACCCCCUUCCACUGCAGUGAACUGGGAAUCACCAUCCUGGUCAAUAGAGGGUUUGUCCCCAGGAAGAAAAUGAAUCCUGAUACUCGGCAGAAAGGCCAGAUUGAGGGAGAAGUGGAUCUAGUUGGGAUGGUGAGGCUGACAGAAACCAGGAAGCCCUUUGUCCCAGAGAACAAUCCGGAAAGGAACCACUGGUACUACCGGGACCUGGAGGCCAUGGCCAGGAUCACAGGCGCAGACCCCGUUUUCAUUGAUGCCAACUUCCAGAGCACAGUACCUGGAGGACCCAUUGGAGGGCAAACCCGAGUUACUCUGAGGAAUGAGCACAUGCAGUACAUCAUUACUUGGUAUGGACUCUGUGCAGCCACAUCAUACCUGUGGUUUAAGAAAUUCCUGCGUCGAACACCUGGUAUAUGAUGAGGUCAGCUUUUACAGCCCUGUGCCUGUAUCUGUAUAAUUAGGAAGUCACUGAAGACAUUAACUUCAAGAGAAUGGCUUUAUACUUGAUCAUAUACUGUUGGUGUAAAUAAAAUUUCUGGGCUCAUGUGUA